ACUGAUAAAGUACGAUUUUUGUGAAUUGUUGGUUUAUCGAGGUUUUAUCUAUGGCGCAUCUAUAGGCCCGAUCAGGAAAUUCUAUCCUGACCUCGCAAAAUUUUUGACAUGCGAACAGCUACUAAUUUUUCAUUAUGAUAGUGAAAUCCGGGGUUUUAUUGAUUUAAACCGUUAUUCCUCUCAGAAACCGGUGCAGUGUUGCAAAUUCCUCAAUGUACAGAUUCAGCCUUGCCCACGGCGCAAGGAGUGCUCUCGGUAACACCUUGUUUAAAUCCAAUGUACGCUUACUCCUGAAUUAUGUGAAAAAUUCACAGAUCUACAUCCAUGACAACAAGCACGAUGCUACAACUCCGUACACUUUCUCGUUAUCGAAGGAUCCCAAGGCGUUACCUAUAGGUUAUAGCAAGGUUCUGCAAAAUGUCACUCCAGAAACCUUUGUUCCCAACCCCCAGUUCUUAGAAGUGGCUCAAUCUGUGAUAAAAGAUAAAGUCCAUGAGGACUUCAGUUUUAUAAUGGAGGCUGGAAUGAACGCUUCCACUUUCAUGCCUAUCUACGACUUCAGAGAAAUACCGAGGUAUGCUCGAAUCCCUGAGAUGGAAAACGUAUUUGGCUACAUCCAGGUAGAUGACCUGGGGAAAAUGAUACCUGGGGGGUACGAGAGCAACAACUUGUAUAGAUUAUGUAAUGGUACACUGGGAUUACUUAAGUUGAGCGACUUCUUGUAUGAGGAGAUCCAGAAAGAAUGCGAGACAAGGGGUAAAGCCUGAGAUAUUUGUAUUUCUACAUCGAAUUGU